AGAAAAAAAGAUCUUGUUUCAGUUGAUUUCAUCUUUUGAUUAUAUGGAAAAUGGGCGUUGACGCGAAAGAGAUCAUCGUAAUAUUAUGGAAAAUUCUUGGAUAUUCGAUGAACAUGAGCAUCAAAUUCAUGAGAAACCACCCAAUAUUGUCAGGGGUUUCAAUGUUUUUACUUGUGCUAUACAUUUUCCUCCCUACUCUCUUGUUCUUCUUGAUUUACUCGUCACCGGUUCUUGCAUGUGCUCUAGUGUAUGCACGAGAAAAGCUAGGAUUAAGAUUCUCAAGUUCGUAUUCAGAGCCAAAGAAGAGUUGUGGUGGAGAAAAGAGAUGUCAUUUAAAACAACAACGAAGUGUCCGACGAAAUGCUCGAAUGAAAGUUGAAGAAUGGGAUUCACAAACAAGCGAGGAAGAGAAAGACAAAGUUAUCUUGACUUCUCUUUACAAUGACCUCCUUGGUCGUACUCCUCAUUUCGAGGAGUCUCCAAAAGCUUUAGAAACCAAUGUAGUAGAGGAAGAAGACAAUGAGAAGGAGUUUCUUGGAGAGGAAGAUUCUCGUGAUUUAGGUCAACUUAACGUUGAAGAACCAAUGGUUUGCAACUGUGAGAUCAAAUAUGGAGAAUCAGAUGGUAAAGAAGAGAUGAAAGAGGAGAUGAGUAAUGUUAAUGAGCAGGGGAUUUCAGAGAUUGAGAGAAAUAAGAGACUAGAGAGCUUAAUAGCUAGAAGAAGAGCGAGGAGACUCUUUAGACUAGCUUUAGAUCAAAGGAAUAAGCUUCAAGCUGAAGAAACAACUAGCCCUAGACAGAACAACACCAACAGCCUUCACGUUACGGUUUCGAGGAACUCACUUGAAAAACGUCGAAAUAAUUCAUCAGAUGGUACUACUGUUAAAGGAUUACCGAUUCCAGGCUCAGCUCCUUCUGUGUUGUUACAAGGAAGAAACCCUUUUGACAUACCUUAUGAUCCUCAAGAAGAAAGACCUAAUCUUACUGGAGAUAGCUUUGAUCAAGAAUUUUCAUUGUUUAAUCAGAAAGAUAUGUUCUUUUGUCGUCAUGAGAGCUUCUGUCGUUUUGCUCUGUUUUCACCAGAACAUGCUCAAUGUAUGAACAGCCCAGUUUCUGCUUCAGACAUUUCAACUACUAGGAAACGUUUAGAUUUGGACAAUGAAUAUAUGGAUCAUACUGAACAAAAUCUCCCAUGUAAUGGAAAGGGAGCUACAAUAGAAGACGACGAUAAAAGCGUUGUGAGUGGAAAAAGCGAAGAAAGGGAGGUAGAAAUGAAUGAUAAUGAGACAGAUUCAAACAAAGAAGAAUGUGAUGAUUCAAGUUGUUCAGAAGAAAGUGAGUCAGAACUCAGCCGUUUAAACAAAGCCGAGCUCAGGGAAGCUAUAUGCCAAUCGAUGGAUAACAAUCCCGGUUAUCUUGUGAACCAAACAAGAAAUAGUAUUCCAACCACAUUGCCUAGAGGUUUAGUAGCGCCAAGACUAGAUGAUAACAACAUGUUUUAUGCUCGAAAAUGCGGAAAUUCGCACAGUCGAACAUUUUCAGUUGCCUCGGAUAUGCAAGUUGAGGUUUCAGAGAUUGGUUCACCUCCUACAACAGUUGAUUGGCUUGAUGACUGGUCUAAUGGCGGUGAAUCUUACAUUUAUGAUACAGAUAUUGACAGAGAAAUCGUCCGCGAUGAAGAAUCACGUAAGAGGAUCUCUCACCAAUAUGAAUCAAGAAGUGGAAUAGGAUCAAAAGAGGAGAAUAAUGAGACAUGGACUAAACCUGAGGCCAAACCAAAUCAGAAUUGUGUGGUAGAUGAAAACCUUAUAACAGUUGAUGAUGAUUUGUCAUUGUUAGAAAGAAGAAGCCAAACCGAAGAGAUUUUUGAGCAGACACCUUCUAGUUCCAAUGAUGUGUCCAAGCCUACAAGCUCUGGGAAAUUUGAAGGUAUGUUGUUCCAUACAAGUGCGUCAUUGUCGUCUAUAACAGAAGAGCCUGAAACAAUCUUGGACUCGAUCGAUGGGGGCAACUCGGAGAAUCUGAAUAAUUUGACUGAAGAACUUACUGACCCGAGACCUCUGACUACUCUGGAUUCAUCCAUGAAGAAAUUGAUUGAUGAAGAAGUGGCUGAUGUGAAACAAGUAGAAAAUGAUGAUCUUUGUGGAUCUCCUAAGAUUAUUGAUUUAGAUAUCAUUGAUCAUCAGCAGAAAGACCAAAUGCUGAGUAGCAUUCAAGGAGAACAUGGGGAAACUAAGAGCUUUUUGGAUGCUUCUUUGGACACAUCCUAUAUAGAAUCAUUUGAGAGAGAGUUAGAAGGAGAAGAAGAAUCAAACUUAGACAAGCUUACUAAGGAAACAACAAAACAAACAGAAAAUGAGGUACAUCAAAGUGAUUUAGAGAGUUCUCCAUGCCAAGUUCUUACAGAAUUACUAGUAAGUGAGAUUAUGGAAGAGAAUGGUCAGGAAUUAGAAGAAGAAGAGAAACCAAGGUCAGUAGAAGAAGAGAAAACUCAUAAUGUGGUGGAAGAAUCUUCGAGCCAUGCUCAUACACAGUUGGUUGAAGAUUAUGGAAACGAAGAAAAUGCUAGUGAUGUGAUACUUCUGCAAUUUCAAGAUAGUAAUAACUCACCACUAGAUGAGUCAACUGAUCAGGAGGUCUCUAAGGAAGGAGAAAAAACAGAGUUAUUGGAAGAUUUUUACGGUGAAUCUUCUGAAGUAUACAAAAAUAGAGCGAAUGCUGAGGUCUAUGGAAACGCAGAAAACGCUAGUGAUGUGACAUUUCUGCAAGUCCAAGAUGGUAAUUACUCACCACGAGAUGAGUUAUUGAAAGAUUUCUAUGAUGAAUCGUCCCAAGAAUACAAAAAUAGAGCUAAUGUUGAGGAAGAAUCAGUAGUUUUAGCCAACACUCAAAACUCACAAGAUUCACAAACAUGGACUCAACAGUGUGGUAUAGAUUCUUCCCAAGGGAUAUCACCAAGAACGUUGGAGAUCACCCAACAACUAGAGAAAGACGAUGUUAUUGAUCCAAAUGCCAUCUCUCAAGUUAUUGAUACAGAUGAAUUUGCUGCAGUAGGCAACGACGUAGCUGCUAGUGAGAGUAAUGAUGAAGAAAUUCUGAAACUUGAUGAGCAAGAUGGAGUAGCUAUGGAAAAGGAACUAGAGCUUAAUUUAGAAUCACUGCAUCAUAACACUGGUUUAGUCGCUAGAGAAGACGAUGAAGAAUCCAAGAAAGCGAUAGGGGAAAUGCAAAGUGAUGAAGUGAUUCUGAAACUUGAUGAGCAAGCUGGAGAAGUUUUGGAAAAGGAACUAGAGCUUAAUUUAGAAUCACUACACCAUAACAUUGGAUUAGUCGCUAGAGAGGAUGAAGAAUCCAAGAAAGUAAUAGAGGAAAUGCAAAAUGCAGGGAUCCAAACAACAAAAGACGAAAACAGAGUCUUAGAUGAUUAACAUAUUGAUGAUACACACAGAAUCAUGAUGAAGAAUAUAAGUAAAGCUGCCGAUAAGGUAUACAACACAAGGAAAAUUUAUUAACUACAUUCUUGUCAAAGAAGAUAUGUUAAGAAUUCUUUUUAAAUGGAUUGAUUUUAUAACAGGUGAAACAUUUUGUUGUAUCAUUAUUUCAUGGCCUUUUUGUUUGAUUAUACAACUUGAAAAGGUAACUCAUUUUUUGUAAUAUAUAGAGAUGGUUUAUAUCCUAUGAAUAUACUAAUAGAAGAACUACUAUAGCAUGUAUUUUGCUUCUUCUUUUUUGUUGUUAAAGUUGAAGAUUAUAUUAGCAAAACAUAUUACAACCUAAGCUACCCAUAUCCAGAGGGAAAAAACGAAUCCAAUCGAGACAGAUUUUCGGUUUACAAUGAGUGGUCCUUCGCCGGAAAUGAGGAAGAGGGUUUUGCAUAGUACGGUCCACAACGGCACUAAGAGCUGCCGGCGUCAAAGAGGAUGAAGGCAUGAGGUGAACACUAUAUAUAACAAGAUUGCAAUAUGUGUAUAAAUAUUAAACCGUCUAACUACUAAGGAAAGAAAUAAAUUUAACUAUGUUUUAACAUUUUUGUCUUUCUUGGUAAGCAUCUUCAAUUUAGUAUAUUUUCCAUUUUGGCAAACUAAAUAU